AUGCCGCCACAAAAGGGUAAGGCCCCAACCAAGGGUGCAAAGCAAAUUCUGACUGAAAACACUGCAACAGUGUAUUUCUAUAGGAACAUGGCUUUAGGAGCGGGAUUAUUUUAUAAUUUCGUUACCAUGGGCUUUUAUUUUGAGAGCAUAUCCUAUACAAGCAUAUUCCUGAAUCUGUUUGUGACAUUAAUUUACAUCGCGUGCUACCAGAUGAUGUGCUAUAUAAGUCGGCCUCGCUAUUCCGACAACAGCCUCCUUGUGGACCCCGGCCUGGACUUGAACAUGGAAGGCGGUAUGGGAGAGCAUAUUAAGGAUAUCGUCAUUCUGGCAUCAAUUACCCACGUUUUGGCCGUUUGCUCAAACUAUUUCUGGCUUUUACUCCUAUUUUUGCCUCUCCGUGCAUUGUGGUUGCUCUGGACCAAUAUACUUGGUCCAUGGUUCUUCCAACAAGCCCCUCAGGAUCCCACCGAGCAAGAGGAGAAGAAACGCAGGAAAAUGGAACGGAAAAUGAGGCGUCUACAGAUG